AUAUCUAAGAGCAUCCCCAUCCGGUUCUGCAUUUCUUCCCCAUCCCCAUAAUUUAGGGAUUAUUUUAGGGUUUUGGAGAAAAAUCAUUUCCAUCCUAAUCCUCAUUUUGCGGUUUGUUUAUAUGGUCUCUACAGUCGUUCCCCAUAUAUGGGGAACGACUGUACAUCCACAUCUCCACUUGGUUGUUCUUCGUCCCGCAAAAACCCUCUCCAUCAGUGUGCCCCUCCCUCGCAACACCAACGAACGCAGUACACACCUCCAUCGGCAUUCCUAAAUGGAUUCACAAGACCCUGGACAUAUGUAUUUUACCAACCUUCUGAGUGAAGAUCCUCAACUAGACCCCACAUAUGGUGGGCAAAGUGGAAACUCUCCUAUGACUGUUGAUGACUCUCCACCCCUACCCCAUAACUAUCUUAUCGGCAUUAGGAAAUCAGUCAGGGGUGCGAACUUUACUCCCGAGGAAGACAAGUUACUUGUCUCUGCAUGGCUUAAUUGUAGCCUUGAUGCCGUUGAGGGAACAUACCAAAAACACUCUCAACUUUGGAAAAAAAUUUAUGAAUACUUCCAGCAAUUUAAAGAAACUACAAAUGACCGGACCAUCAAGUCUUUAAUACAUCGGUGGUCGGUUAUUCAAAAGGCCAUAAACAAAUUUUGUGCGAAACUAGCGCAAGUUGAAGGGUUGAAUCAAAGUGGCAUGACCGAGCAAGACAAGUUUGACAAGGCGAAGGUUAUGUACACAUCGUUAGAAAAAUCCUCCUUCCAGUUCGAGCAUUGUUGGCACCCGUUAAAGGACCAACCUAAAUGGAUUUGGCGUUCCACAAAUCCAGAUCCAAAGCGAAGGAAGACGAUAUCCCCGUCCCCGACCCCGACUAGAUGUUCAGGCGCUACGGUGGACUCAGUUUUUGAGCUAGAGGCGGGUAAUGUGGUAGAUAACGAAGUGGUCGAAUUGGACCGACCAAUGGGAAGGAAAGCUGUGAAAGGAAAACGAAAGGCCCAAGUCUCGUCAGCACAGGAGAUUGUUAGGAUCAACAAGCUGAAGUAUACGCUUUCGGAGAAGUCACGUGCUCAGGAGAAAUAGUAUUUUCGUGUCAAGGCUGAAAAAAUGAAGUAUGACAAGGAGAAAGAGCUAAAUUUCAUCCGUCUCGAGGAUGAAAGACUGAGGUUGGAGGCCGAGAAGAUGAAAAAUGAGAAGGAAAAAGAGUUAAAUAAAAUCCGUCAAGAGGACGAAAGACUGAGGUUGGAGGUGGAGAAAGUAGAGCUCGCUAAGAAGGAUGCGGAUCAGCGCAUUAUGAUGAUGGACGUGAGUGCCAUGCCAGGAAUGCAACGGUUAUAUUUCGAGCAACUGCAGAGGGACAUCAUGGCGAGACGCAAUGAUGCAGGACAUUUGGAUUGAUUUUUUUAUGUAAAAAAGUUUAUUUAUUUCAUCAUUUUUUGUUUCAGACAAUGAUGGAUGACAAUAUUA